AUGUCCGGUAGUACAAUAGAUACAAAUAAAUUUAAAGCAGAACCUGUAACGGAUAUUAAUGAAUUGGAAAAAAAUAAAAAAUUUGAUAUUAAAGCUCAAAUGGAACUCCUAAUACUUAGAAUACAAAAAGAAUUUUGUGAUGCGCUUGAAGAAGAAGAAAACGACAAAGAAGUCAAAUUUAAAGUUGAUCGAUGGUUGAGGAAAGAUGGAGGAGGAGGUGGAAUCACUUGUGUUAUGCAGGAAGGAAUGGUUUUUGAAAAAGCAGGAGUUAAUGUGGGUAAAGCUUUAAGCAAAGGUCCCAUAAAAUUUUUUGCUGCAGGAAUUAGUGCUGUUAUUCAUCCUAGAAAUCCAAUGGUUCCAACCCUACAUUUUAACUAUAGAUAUUUUGAAACAAGAGAGGCAGAUGGUUUAUCACAUUGGUGGUUUGGAGGUGGCACCGAUUUAACUCCUUAUUAUGUUGAUGAAGAAGAUUUUAUUCAAUUUCACACAGUACUUAAAAAUGCUUGUGACAAACAUGAUAAAGACUACUAUGCUACAUUUAAAAAAUGGUGUGAUGAAUAUUUUCACAUUAAGCACAGAAAUGAAACAAGAGGAAUAGGUGGAAUAUUUUUCGAUGAUUUAGAAUCACCUACAAAACAUGAUGCAUUUAAUUUUGUUAAAGAAUGUGCAGAGGCAGUAAUCCCUUCAUAUAUACCAAUUGUUAAAAAACACAAAGAGGAUGCCUAUGGGUAUGCCGAAAGGCAAUGGCAACUUUUGAGAAGAGGAAGAUAUGUUGAAUUUAAUUUACUUUAUGAUAGAGGAACAAAAUUUGGACUUUUUACUCCAGAUGCUAGAUUCGAAAGCAUUCUCGUUUCUCUACCAUUAAAUGCUAAAUGGGAAUACAUGCACUCAAUUAAGCCAGAUUCUAAAGAAGAAAAAUUAAUAAAUAUUUUGAAAAAUCCAGUUGACUGGAUCUCUCAAUCACAAGUAUUGUAA